UGUAGUAUUUCCUUCUGCCUACUUGUCCCCAUGAAGGGGCAAUAAAUUUCUGCCCUCAAUGUCUUGCUGUCAUUAUGGCCUUUCUCCUAAAGCUUCUGGGAUAUGGAGUGGAGAAGCAGCGUUUGGUGGAAAGCCAAUGGCUCCGUCGUGAUAUUAAUCCAGAGCAGGACUGGGAAGUCCUUCAUGAACUUGGAAAUGGGGCCUUUGGAAAAGUUUACAAGGCACAGCACAAGGUAAAUCAGGAGCUUGCUGCAGCCAAGAUAUUAAAUAUAUCAUCUGAGGAUGCCCUGGAAGAUCAUGUCGCAGAAAUUAAUAUAUUGGGGCAAUGCCAACACCCCCACAUCAUCAAACUCUUUGAGGCAUCUUACUGGGAAAAACAGCUCUGGAUCCUGUUGGAGUUUUGUGCUGGAGGAGCACUAGAUGCCAUCAUGCUGGAGCUGGGACGUUGUCUCACAGAGCCACAGAUCAGUGUGGUGUGCAAGCAAACUCUCCUUGCCCUUGAGUACCUGCACACCCAAAGAAUCAUCCACAGAGACCUAAAGGCUGGAAACAUCUUGCUCACACAGCACGGUGACAUUCGUCUUGCGGAUUUUGGUGUGUCUGCUGUGAACUCUCAGACAGUGCAACGUCGGAGCUCUUUUAUUGGGACUCCUUACUGGAUGGCUCCAGAGGUUGUGGUGUGUGAGACAUGCAAAGAUGCCCCAUAUGAUUAUAAAGCUGAUGUGUGGUCUCUGGGAAUCACGUUGAUUGAAUUGGCUGAGAAGGAGCCUCCAAACCAUGAGCUGAAUCCCACUCGUGUUCUGCUGAAAAUCCUCAAAUCCCAACCGCCUCAUCUGAUCUAUCCACAAAGAUGGUCUCAGGACUUCAAUAACUUUGUCAAAAGCUGUCUACAAAGGAACCCUCAAGAUAGAUUUUCAGCAAGCAGGCUUCUACAGCAUCCAUUUGUUUCUGAAGUUAAUACCAACCAUCCACUGAAGCUGCUAGUGGCUGAAGUCUUGGCUGAAGUGACAGAGGAAGAGGAUGAUGAAAAGAUAAAGGAUCAAGAUUCUAUGAAUAAUCUUCCUUUGAUGUCUAAAGAAAAUGUUAAUGUUGGCUAUAAUCAACCUGCUGAAGAUGUAUCCUCAGUUAAGCCAAAUAAUGAACCUCCUAGCAAAGAGUUUGGUGCUCUACAAGAGAAUGUUGUGAAGUCCUCAGUUCAGGAUGCACAACGAAGACCACAGCGAGCAACCAGCUUCCUAAAACAGAUGCGUAGGCGUUCUGCUCCCUCAUUUUCAAGAGAAGCAAGGCCAUCUGUGAAAUGGAAGAUAGACAGUGAGCAAAGAGAAGAAAAGAGACAGAUAAGGAACCGAUGUUUGGAUGUAAAAGGAAGAAAUAAAGAGAAUGAGAUUCUUGGUGAAUCAGGUAAAACUGAAAAUAACACUAAGGUAGACAAUCAGUCUGGUGUUCUUUGCCUAUCAAAUGAGGAAGAUAACAGAACAGAAAAAUGUAAGCCCCACACUGUAGUAGUAUCUCAAGGAAAAAACAGCCAGACAAGUCCCUGUUCUAAUGUUGCUUUAGAAAUCCAUAGAAAUGCAAAAAUAUGUGAAUGCAGAAACAUUAUUUUUAGUUCUAUGAACCAGGAGUCUAAGGAGAGAAGAAGUGAAAGAUUGCAGGUUUCCUCCACGGAAUUAUCUAGAAGAUGGACAGUACUUGGGGGGAACCAAAGGAGAACUAUGAUAGCAUGGGAUAAAGAGAAACAAAUAGAACCAAAGAACAGAGUGGAAAAACCAAAUGAGAGACUAUGUUUUCACGACAAAGAUGAGAAUCAAACACAUGUAAGAGGGCAAAGAGGGGACGCUGGCUUAGCAAGAGAUUGUAAAACAUGUAAUGGAAAAAUGAGUAGGAAAGCUUUACUGCGCAGUCAUUCUAGUGCUUAUUUUUCAAGGGAAAACAAGGCAUCUGUCAGGUGGAGUCUCCAAGAGAAACAGAAUGGAGAAAAGCACAGAGAGGAGAUGAGGCAGGUGACAGGUAUAACAUUCCAGGACUUGCCAGCUAAAUUCCAACACUCUGAUUCUCUUUUAAGUUGUAAUGAGGCUGCCGGGGAAUCCCCAAAAAUGGUUUCUGGAUCAUCUACCAAAAUAUGCAUAAAACCUAAAGGCCCAGACUUAUGUUAUCCAGCAGAUAGAGUACCUAAGGAAGAUGAAGAAUUAUCUGUUUCUCAAUCUCAGAAUUGUCCCCUAAAAAUCCUUUCUGACUUGAAAACAUUAAUGGGGAAUAAUGUUGCAACCACAAAUAAUACAAGUGUUUCCAACAGUGAGCGCAAAUCCACUAGUUCUCUGGUCACUGUAUCACCUAUACUUCUAGAACCAAAGCGGAGAAGCAGUGAACAAGUGUGUAGUGCCUCCAGAAACAUAGAUAGAAGAUGGACACUACCAAGAACUAGGGGCCAAAGUAAUCUAAUAAUAACAAAAGAAACACAGGUGGGAAACUUAGUGAAUAUAUGGAAAAAGUUAGACAACAGUGUAUCGUUUUUGGAACAGAAAAGAGACCCAACAGUCAAGAUAUCUUACAGUAGUGUUGCAGAGUCUGAAAGGGAUCAAGUGAAUAACAUUGGGGAGAGGAAAAAUAACACUGAUUUCACAGAUGGACAUGAUCACAAAACUAAAGGACACAAAGUCAGGUUGAACUUUGCUCGAUGUUCAUGGGCAGUAACUCCUGAUGAACACAAUGGAGGGACAUUUCUUUUGCAAGAGCAGCCAAAAGGUGAGCAAAACAGAAUACAGGACAUGGACUCAUAUUCAGGAUGGGAUCCGCAGGGCAAUGAGAAAUCUGAUAAUUUCCUGAUCUAUGGAAGAAAAGACUUUGCGGAUGAGAAAGAUGAUUUCCACCGGAAAACAGUGCGGGUGACUCGGAGGUUUGUGGUGGAUGGGAAGGAGCUGAGCGUGUCUUCUUGCAAACAGAAAACGGAGAUAAAUGCCAUAGAUAGCAAAGAGCGUACCGUGAGGCGCCAGGAGCUACAACAGCUGAGAUUAUUGCAGAAGGAAGAGAAGAGAUCUCAAAGCCAACUGGAGCAAAGAAUACAGCGGGAGAGAGAGCUCAUGUUCAGACAUAUUGAACAGGAAAUUAUAGGGAAGAAGUUGUAUUAUGAUCGUGAGAUUCAAGCCUUGGAACAGCAUAUAGAGCAGGCUCGUAUGCGAAGAGAACAAGAGCAUACAAACCGGCUGCGCCAGGAAGCUCUGCGCUUGAAAUCUCAACAGCAAAAAGUGAGAAUUAAGAAGAAAUCAGAUUUAAAGGAGAAAUGGCAAGAGGAACAAUGCCUGAUAGAACAACAGCAGGAGUUAAAUACAGCGUUGCAGAAGUUGGUCACAGAACACAAAAAAAAAGUAAUGUGUACAGCACGGGAAAAUCUCUGCAAAAUCUACAGUCUGAAAACAGCUCGGGAGUCUGUGAUUUUGAGGCUAGAGGAGCGCCACCUACAGGAAAAGUAUCAGCUAUUUCGUCAGCAGGUGACUGAACAGCACAGUCUGCAAAGGCAGCAGCUACAUAAGAGACAUGAAAAGGAAAUGGAGAGGCUAAAGCAUUUCCAAAGCAUAUUACUAGAUGACAUGAAAACCCGACAAGUACAAGAGAGAACACAAAACCAGAAAGCCCAGCGAUAUGAGGCCAGGGUUCGCAUGAAUAGGUUCAAGGAGAGUAUGAAGAGCCAAGGACUGAGCAUGGCAGAGCAGAAAGAGAGGAGUAAGCAGUUCUUGCUACAAGAAACAGUCCGUCAGAAGGAGGCAUCUCAGCAACAGCAAGUGUUACAUGAACAGGAACUGCAAAAACUGCAACAGCAUCUGCGAGAGACGUGUAGGGAACUGGAGGAGAUACAGGAAGAGAAAAUGAAAACUCUGCAAACACUGGAGAAAAAGAAGCUGCAACAGCUGGAUGCAGAACACAGCAUGGAGACUGAGCAGUGGAAAGAACGCUCAAGACUAAGUAAAGAGAAUUUAGAUGCAGAGUUGUCACUGAAGCAGCAACAGAUACAGACGGGAAAGCGGAUAAACAAGGAACCAGAGAGACGCACUUCCCACUUAUUCUUCUCGUGA